GUACGGUGGCGAGCAGCGGCCAAAAAGAACGCGUUGCCGCAGUUGCUGCACUUAGCACGUCUUUUUUACGCACCGCCGGCUUUGGGUUUCCUGGCAGUAGCGCUGGGCUUGUCGCGGGCGAAGACGAGGGUCAGAGCAGGCCAAUAUGGCAGCCAAGUGGAUUUCCCAAGAGACGUUUGAUGAUGUGGUACAGGAAAAUAUCGUUGAGUUUGCAAUGGAUCCGGAAGAGGCAUUGAAUGAAGCCAUCCAGCAGUUUGAAUCUCAAGGCGUAGAUUUAAGUAAUAUAGUAAAGAUGGUAUCCAGUCCAGCUUCAGAGAAUGGCCAAGAACAGAAGCACGUGGUUUUACAGAUAUUGGACUGUCUCCAGAAAGCCGUCAUCGAUGCGGAUUCAAGCAAGGUGGAUGAAUCUUUGGUGAACUUUGCCAGGCAGUGCAGACAGGAGCUGUCGGUCCGUUAUCUGGCUGCCCAGAAAGGUGCCUAUCCUGCCGUCCUGGCGGCUUGUCGGCUGGCAUCAGAAGAGCGAUGCUCCCUUUUAAAAGCCCUCCAAGCCCUGUCUGCCCUCCUGGAUGGCCAGCCUGACCUCCUCGACGUGCCCGGGCAGGAGCUGUUGCUGCGAGUGAUUCAGGAGAGUCGAGAUGACGCCGACCUCACUUUGGCUGGGAUCCGUUGCAUCCGCUAUGCUUGCCUGAAACAUGAGCAGAAUCGGCAGGAUCUUGUGAAAGGGGGCAUCCUUGCCCUACUGGCUGAGGCUAUAGUCCGGCACGGGGACCGGGCAGACGUGGUCCGAGAGGCCUGUUCAGGGCUCCGCAUCAUGACCUUUGAUGAUGACAUCCGGGUGCCCUUUGGCCAUGCCCAUGAUCAUGCCAGGAUGAUUGUGACUGAGCAUAAUGGCUUGGGAAUCCUGAUAGAGGCAGCCAAAGCCUUCACUGAUGACUGUAGUGUUUUGAGUGAAGUCUGUGCCACUUUGGCACGCCUGUCUGUUCGGAAUGAAUUUUGCCAGGAGAUCAUGGACCUUGGAGGCUUAAACUUCAUUGUGGCACUGUUGGCAGACUGCAUUGACCACCAGGACGUGGUGAAACAGGUGCUCAGUGCCAUCCGGGCCAUUGCAGGCAAUGAUGAUGUAAAAGAUGCCAUUGUCAAUGCAGGAGGGACCGAUCUCAUUAUUUUGGCCAUGAGUCGCCACCUUGGCAACCCACAGGUGUGUGAACAAAGCUGUGCGGCAUUGUGUAUGCUAGCAUUGCGCAAGCCAGAGAACUGCAGAGUCAUCAUGGAAGGCGGGGGAGCUUUGGCAGCUCUGCAGGCCAUGAAGACACACCCCAAGGAAGUUGCUGUGCAGAAGCAAGCUUGUAUGCUGAUUCGCAAUUUGGUCUCGCAUACGCAGGACUUCUCCCAGCCCAUCCUGGAGAUGGGAGCGGAGAACUUGAUCACCGAAGCCCGGGCAGCCCAUCGGGACUGUGAUGAUGUGGCCAAAGCUGCCUUGAGGGACCUGGGCUGCAAAGUGGAGCUGCGGGAACUCUGGACUGGCCAGAAAGGAAGCCUGGCACGUUGAAGUCUCAACCCCCUCCAUUGGGCAGCACCUGUGGAUGCGGAGUAGGAGAGGGAAGCAAAGAUUGGAAUAAAUCCAGACUGAGCAGUUGAGAGGAGAAGAGUGUAUUGAUGCCUCUGGAAUUGGAUAGGACUUAGUUGCUGCAGCAGGAGGCCCAUGAUCCAUACUCUCUUGCAUUCAGCUUCUGGCCCAGGCUCCCUUUUUGCUGUGUUUUGUUGGCAGCGUCCAUGAAGCAGCCUUUCUGUCAAAAAUAGGGCGGCAGUACUAUGUCAACGAUGCCGCCAUGCAACGAUGCUGCCAUGUUCAAGAAAGGGAGACGCCUGCAGUGUGUGUACGAAACUCUAGCGUUUGUACAAACUGUCUCAAAGAUUUUAGCAACAAAAGGGAAGAGGGGAAGAGCAGGUGGUGGGACCCAUGUUUUGCUUCUGUCUUCUCUCCUGCCCUGCAGGUUUCUGUUACUCAAGUAGGCCUUUGUUACUAUGACAACCGUUAAGCUUACCAGCUUCCUGCUGUAAUGCUUCCAUUUGUUUGAAUGUGCUGCCUGAAAUCCUGAUCUACUUUUUGUCCUCAGCCAUUCCAGUUGUCUCCAUGUGUCAUCAUGCUGUUCAGCCAGUGCAUGCUGUCUUUUUAUUUUUCUCUAUAAUUGUUCCCUCCCUGCCCUCAAUUUUUUAUAAUAGUAGAUGUGUCGCCUGAUGAGGGGCAAAAGAGAAGUUGAAUAGUGUGGGAUCCUAGCAUUGUGCACUUCAAAAAUAUCUGUACUCCUUUUGAAUAUGUAUUUAAAUCAGAUUUCUAGCCCAUGAGGGCUGUGGUUUGUGUGUACUCCAAGAGGUCAGAAAAGAAUGACCUUUUAUUUGUUUUUGUUUUUGUUUUCCUUUUUCUGCCUUCCUCUCCCUGUGAUUAGUAAAAUCCAGGAUGAAUUAAUUCUCCAAAAUGGGAUUGUUUAAAUAAACCAGUGUAAUUUAUGCAAAUGGAAA